UGAAUCUUCUUCUUCUUCGUCUUCUUGGAUUAUCUGAUAUUAAUCGUAGACACAUUUUGUGCCAUGACGAUUCUUAUGAUGAUCAUGCUCAUGAUCAAGAUCAAAUUUUGAAGCCGUUGAAGAUUCAAUCUGCAAAAGCCAAAAGGAUCGUUUCUGAGUCGGUGUUUGUUUCCCUGAAUAGAUAAUUCUCUUCCACCUUUUACGUUCUUCAAUGCUCUCUCCAAUUCCCUGUGUUUUUGGGAGCUGGUGCAAUUGGUUUGGAUCUGAUUGUGACUUUUGAAUAUGGUUUCAAUGAGGACUUUUUGAUCAGCAUUUAAUGGAACUCUAUUCUCCAUGAUAUUGGUCAACAAGGGUUAUUUUCUUGAAUAUUGCUUCAGGAAUUGUGGUUUCUUAUUCCCUCCAAGGUUUGAAAAGUUUGCAUCUUGCUAACCAUCUUUGCCACCUGGUUGAUGGGUUUGUUCUUUGCAAUGGGGAGAAGAAGUGGAAUGAUUGAGGAGAGAUGAGUCUGAGUCUAACAUUUUUGAGUUGGAAUUUCUAUUGAGGUGUGUUUUAUAUUUUUUUUUUCCAGUUGUAUGUGAUGAUGGUAUGGAAAGGAUUUCACCCUGGUAUGAGCUCUGUCUCUCUUUUAAAUUCAGUGAUUGUUGAUUUGUUUCAUCAUUCUAUUAAUUUGACUUGGGUUGGUUUAGAUAUACAGUUAGUUAUGUUGUAGUACCUUGUUUAGUAAUAGAAGAGUGAUCCGCGGAAGAGUUGAACUGAAAACUCUGAUAAGUAGGCUUCCUUUUGUGAAUUUCGAAUUCCAAAGGUUUGAUAGAGGUGCCGUUGGUCUUGUUCUUGAAGAGUGUAGUUGUUGAUGAAGUUUUUUCAUAGACUGGAAUGGAGGAACAUAAAUUACCCUAAAAACACCAGGGAUUGUUUGUGGAUAUAGAAGGAAUAAAUAUUCUACGGGUUCGUCCCUGAGUUUUAUAUACAUUAACAGCCGCAGUAGCUUUGGAUCUUGGGGAUUGAUUGUAUCCAUUUUGGGAUUCUAGUUCCUUAUUUUGGAUUAGAUUCCCAUUUUGAAUGUGGUCGGCUGUAAGUGGCGAAUGAGCAUGUCAUAAUGAGUGGGGAAACAAGAUUGCUUGUCAAUGGAUGUAGUAGACAAGACAUUUUCUGAUAUUGUCAACGUCAUCAAAUCAUGGAUUCCCAGGCGAUCCGAGCCGGCAAAUGUGUCCAGGGAUUUUUGGAUGCCUGAUCAGAGUUGUAGGGUAUGCUACGAUUGUGAUUCCCAGUUCACCUUAUUCAAUCGAAGGCACCACUGUCGCCUUUGUGGACGAAUUUUCUGUAACAAGUGUACUGCAAACUCAAUUCCUGCUCCAGUUACCAGCCAGAUCAAUCCUUGGGAUGAGUGGGAAAAGAUUCGCGUAUGCAAUUUUUGUUACAAGCAAUGGGAGCAAGGAGUAGUUGCUUUUAAUAACAAUACACAGGUUUCCAAUCUGGAUUGCAGCGCUACAUUAUCAACUUUGAGCUCGGUUAGCAGUAAAACCAGUGUCACUGCUGACAGUACUAACAUUACUCUUUUCUCCAUGCCUUAUUCAGCCGGGCCUUACCAACAAAUGCAACAGGGUCCGUGUCUGAACUUGCAUCAGUCUCCUAUGAGUGGAAACAACACUGAUAGGGAAGGUUUAUCACCUCCAUUAGGGGGGAGGAAUGAUCUUGCAGGAGACAUAGGGGAUCCAUUACAAAAGCAAUUUGAAUUCCCAAUGAACAGGAGUGAUGAUGAGGAUGAGUAUGGUGUAUAUCAGUUAGACUCUGAGAUGAGACAUUAUCCUCAGGUGAAUAUCUACUAUGGACAGGCUGAGUUUGAAGGAAUAAGCAACACUGAUGGCUCGCAGAAAGUGCAUCCUGAUGCAGAUAACGGUAAUGCAAAUCUCACUUCAGAGAACGGAUUCGACACACAGGGUUUAGAAAGAAACACAGCAGUUGGGAAGAGUGAGGAUGAACCUUAUAUAUAUGAAAAUGAAGCACCUUCCUCACUAUAUGUUUCAGAAGAUGUUGAUGCUGAACCUGUUGAUUUUGAAAAUAAUGGACUUCUCUGGCUCCCUCCUGAACCAGAAGAUGCAGAAGACGAGCGAGAAACUUUUUUUGUUGAUGAAGAUGAUGAAGAUAAUGACGGGAAUGGGAAUGCCAUUGGUGAGUGGGGAUAUCUGCGCAAUUCAAACAGUUUUGGAAGUGGAGAGCAUCGCCACAAGGAUAGGACAAGUGAGGAGCAGAAGAAGGUAAUGAAGAAUGUAGUGGAUGGACAUUUUAGGGCAUUGGUGGCUCAGCUGUUACAGGUUGAAAACCUACCUGUUGAAGACAAUGGUGAAAACGUUUGGAUGGAAAUAAUCACAUCUCUCUCGUGGGAAGCUGCUACUUUAUUGAAGCCAGAUACUAGCAAAAGUGGAGGGAUGGACCCAGCUGGUAAUGUGAAAGUCAAAUGCAUUGCAUGUGGCAGCCGCAUUGAAAGUACGGUUGUUAAAGGAGUUGUUUGUAAGAAGAAUGUGGCUCAUCGUCGCAUGACAUCAAAAGUUGAUAAACCUCGCUUGUUGAUCCUUGGAGGGGCUCUUGAGUACCAGCGUGUUGCUAAUCUGUUGUCUAGUGUAGAUACCUUAUUACAGCAGGAAAUGGACCAUCUGAAGAUGGCAGUGGCAAAGAUAGCAUCUCAUCAACCAAAUAUCCUUUUGGUAGAGAAAUCAGUCUCUCGAUAUGCACAGGAAUAUCUUCUUGCAAAAGACAUAUCUCUGGUACUUAAUGUCAAGAGGCCGCUUCUGGAGCGCAUAGCACGUUGCACAGGCACUCAAAUUGUGCCUUCAAUUGAUCAUCUUUCAUCACCAAAGUUGGGAUACUGUGAAGCUUUUCAUGUUGAAAAGUUUGUUGAAAAUCUUAGCAGUGCUGCUGCUCAAGGUGGUAAAAAACCAAUGAAAACAUUGAUGUUUUUUGACGGCUGCCCAAAGCCAUUGAGUUGCACAAUUUUACUUAAAGGUGCUGAUGAGGAAGAAUUGAAGAAGGUAAAGCAUGUGGUUCAGUAUGCAGUUUUUGCAGCUUACCAUCUGGCUUUGGAGACAUCUUUUCUUGCUGAUGAAGGAGUCUUCUUCCCAGAAAUUCCGCUUAACAGUCUGCCUCUUCCUAACACAACAUCAACCAUUCAGAGGUCAAUCUCAACAGUUCCUGAUUUCGUUGCUCCUAGCAGUGAAAAGUCUCAGGGGCUUGAAUCCGAAACUGGACCACAGAGAACUAAGAGUGUCAGCAGUACUGAAUCCUAUUUGCCUAAUGAUGAUCCUUGUGAAUCUUUGCAAUCUGCAUCAUGUAUCAGCCAUACAACUGCCUUUUAUUCUUCCAUUGUCGCUUCUGGAAAUGCAAUUCCAGGUUCAUACAAUGAGAAAAUUCUUCCUAGUAAAUACACAAAUGACUCCACACAACCCCUGAAGGAGGAAACUCCUGAAGUGAACAACUCUUUGGGAAUCAUGAAUGAUCCUACUGUAAAUGGUUAUGGACCUGCAGAGAAAUUAGAUCAUGGCAUUUUAGCUGACACUAUGCAAAAUGAUCUCAAGCAAAUCUCUACAAACCGAUCAACUGUGUUAGAGUUAUCUUCAGAAGAUGUUCAAAGCCAUCCUGAGAAGGCUGGAAUCACAAAUGAAGAGAAGGUUCCUGAGGAAGAAGCGUUUCCUCCAUCACCCUCUGACCAUCAAAGCAUUUUGGUGUCUUUGUCAUCUCGGUGCGUGUGGAAGGGAACUAUGUGUGAGAGAUCCCAGCUCUUUCGAAUCAAAUAUUAUGGCAGCUUUGAUAAACCACUGGGUCGGUUUCUUCGGGACCAUUUGUUUGAUCAGAGUUUUCGAUGCCAUUCUUGUGAAAUGCCAUCGGAAGCACAUGUGUAUUGUUAUACUCAUCAACAGGGAACACUUACCAUAUCAGUCAAGAAACUACCAGAAAUUCUCCUUCCUGGUGAAAGGGAGGGAAAGAUUUGGAUGUGGCAUAGAUGCUUGCGGUGUCCAAGAAUCAAUGGCUUUCCUUCUGCUACACAGAGAAUAGUAAUGUCUGAUGCCGCAUGGGGUUUAUCAUUUGGGAAAUUUUUGGAGCUCAGUUUCUCAAACCAUGCUGCAGCCAGCAGGGUUGCAAGCUGUGGUCAUUCUUUACACAGAGAUUGUCUACGUUUUUAUGGAUUUGGGAAUAUGGUCGCUUGCUUUCGAUAUGCAUCAAUUGAUGUUCACUCAGUCUACCUUCCCCCACACAAACUUGAUUUUGAUUAUGGGAGUCAGGAUUGGAUACAAAAGGAAUCAGAUGAGAUGGUUAAACGGGCAGAGGUUUUAUUCUCCGAGGUACUCAAUGGUCUUAGCAAAAUAGGCGAGAAGAGAUCAAGGGCUGAACUGGAGGGAAUGUUGCAAAGGGAAAAACUGGAAUUUGAGGAAAUGCUUCAUAAGGUUUUGAACCAGGAAAAGAGAAAGGGCCAACCUGAGAUUGACAUUCUGGAAAUUUAUCGAUUGCGGAGGCAGUUACUUUUCCAGUCAUAUAUGUGGGAUAGCCGCCUAAUCACUGGGGUCAACUUAUUCAAGUCUAGCGAUGAAACUGGUUUAAGCAGUACAAGUUCAGAGGAUAAGGAAAUACAUGAUGAAAAUCAGAUAAGCGUGACCACUACAGCAGGAAGCCGCUUCAAAAGUGUUGACUCUAUUGAUGGUGAUCCAAAAAAGCUGAAAAGAAGCCCAAGUGUUGGAGGAGUAGGAGGGGGUUAUGUAAAAGAUUCCCAAUCUGUUGCAUUUCAUCGAGAUAUCGACAUGCCCAAAAAUACCAACCAUAAGAAAGAAGACCAACCUAAUCUUCCAAUCAGCAAAAGCAUAUAUGACCCAUCUGAGCCCUUAGAACCUGAAUUGCGUGUUCGCAGAGCAAUGUCUGAAGGCCCAAUGUCUCUCAUGUCUAGUUUGUCUGAUACACUUGAUGCAAAAUGGACAGGUGGAGACCACUCUUCGGCACAGCCUGAUUCAUUUCUGGCAGAAGCUACCACAACUUCGAUGCUGAAAGAAGCAUCCAGUGUUGGGGAUCAUGCUGAAGACCAGAAUGCCAACAAGAGUAUCUUUUCUUCUAAGGGUCAAGAUAACAUGGAAGACUCUUCAAGUUGGUUAGCAAUGCCCUUCUUAAACUUCUAUCGCCAGUUUAACAAGAAUCUUUUUUCUAGUACAACAAAGUUUGAUACACUAGUCGACAGCAAUCCGGUUUAUGUAUCAUCCUUCUGGAAUCUGGAACUCCUAGGUGGUGCAAGGUUGCUUCUGCCUAUUGGUGUUAAUGACACUGUCAUUCCAAUAUAUGAUGAUGAACCCUCAAGUGUUAUAGCUUAUGCCUUGACGUCACCAGAAUACCAUUCCCAAUUGAAUGACGAUGUAGAGCGACCGAAAGAUGCGAGUGAUUUAGGUUCAUCAUAUUUUUCUGAAUCAACCACCUUACAGUCAUACUCUUCUACUGAUGAAAUAGCUUUUGAUCUUCAAAAGAGUUUCGGGUCAGUAGAGGAGAUGUUAUUGUCAAUGCCAUCUCGUAACUCGUUGAUGCUAGACCCAACAUUAUAUUCAAAGACGAUGCAUGCCAAAGUUUCUUUCGGAGAAGAUGGUCCCCUCGGCAAAGUAAGAUAUUUGGUGACUUGUUAUUAUGCCAAGCGAUUUGAAGCCUUAAGAAGGGUCUGCUGUCCUUCAGAGUUUGAUUAUAUAAGAUCUUUGAGUCGCUGUAAGAAAUGGAAAGCUCAAGGUGGGAAGAGCAAUGUAUUCUUUGCAAAAACAUUGGAUGAUCGAUUCGUCAUUAAACAAGUAACAAAAACUGAGCUUGAAUCAUUCAUUAAAUUCGGGCCUGGAUACUUCAAAUAUCUUUCAGAAUCCAUUGGCUCAGGAAGUCCGACAUGCCUCGCAAAGAUUCUUGGCAUAUACCAGAUUACAUCAAAGCAUCUCAAAGGAGGGAAAGAAUCAAAGAUGGAUGUUUUGGUUAUGGAGAAUCUUCUGUUUAGGAGGACUGUGACGCGACUUUAUGAUCUCAAAGGAUCUUCCAGGUCCCGGUACAAUCCAGAUCCUAACGGGAGGAACAAAGUUCUGCUAGACCAGAACUUGAUUGAAGCAAUGCCGACUUCUCCUAUUUUCGUGGGAAACAAAGCAAAACGGUUGUUAGAGCGAGCCGUCUGGAAUGAUACCGGCUUUCUUGCAUCGGUUGAUGUAAUGGACUAUUCGCUACUCGUCGGGGUGGAUGAAGAGAAGCAUGAGUUAGUUCUUGGGAUCAUUGAUUUCAUGAGACAGUAUACAUGGGACAAGCAUCUUGAAACAUGGGUAAAGGCUUCCGGCAUCCUCGGAGGGCCAAAGAAUGCGUCUCCGACGAUUAUAUCGCCAAAGCAGUACAAGAAAAGGUUCCGGAAAGCGAUGACCACUUACUUUCUCAUGCUUCCUGAUCAGUGGUCACCUCCAGCCAUAGUUGGAAGUUCAUCACAGUCUGAUUUAGGUGAAGAUUACACUCAAGGUAGGUCCUCAGUUGAAUGAUUCUGUGUUUGUGUAAAUUCUAGUUCCAAUUUGGGGUCAUAUUAUUCACCCCAUAUUUCCAUUUUCAUUUUUUCCCCUUCUCAUAUUAUAUAGGAAUUCUUUUGGUUCAAUUGUAAUCUGUUCAACUAGAUAUUUCCAAUUAUUAUUUUUUUGGGAAGAAUACCAAAAAAGAAAAAAGAAAAAAAAAAAAAAGAAGGGGGCUGUUAGAAGCCACAUGAUGUUUGUCAGGGGUAAAAGUAUUUGAUAUCCUCUGAUUGAAGUCCUUUGUACAAAAACUAGUCACUUUUUAUAGAAUCAAGUAAUAUAAAUGUAUACAGAUUCAAUUUCAACUCUUG